UCAUCCUUAAAAUUUUCUUUUCUCAUCCCUUGUAUAUUUUUGUUUUUAAAACAGCUUUGGAGCCCUUGACGAGCAGGGAACUGGGAUGGAAUUCCUGAAAACCGUUCCUACCAGAUGUGUCUCAAGCCAUCGGAACUCUCAGCAAUACGAUGUGGCCCGCGGCAAAGCUGCGUUGUACAAAAGAUAGGCCGAAUUCGUGAAAUCUGCUUCACUUGUUUUCUGGAAAGUCUCACAACAGGCCGCCAGUUGGUUAUCGAAGCAAUAACGAUGGAGACAAAGAGUUCAAUUUGGCAGGUUUCCAGUUUGACAAUUUCGAUGAGCAUGAUCGGCUGGGAAAUGUUGUUUGGGAUGAAGAAUUCAAUCAACAUCUUUCUUCUUCAUCAAGAGUGGGUACUUCAUCUCUACUGGCUGAAUUUAUCUGCGCCGAUCGAGACAUCACAGCCUAGGAAAAACGAAAAGAUUCCGACGGAAAUUACGACGAAUGGUAUCGAUCCCCGUGAGCCAAGUCGACGUCAAAAAGUAGCAUGAAGCAAUCACGAUAGUUCUGUAGAUCACGAAGAUGAGUAUCAUUCAGAUGACAAGGAUCUCAAGCCUGCUAGCGCACCAAUUGGCGGAGCAGAUGGCUAGGAUCAAGCAUUAGAAAAACUCUAAUUUCAAUUAAUUGGACGGAGUUGUCAUCGAAAAAAGUCGACGUUGAUGUUGCUAGUUUACAGAUAUCUGAAUGGAUAAAGUUCUUCGUUUUUUAAGAUUUUUUGGUGCUGAUAAAAUUUUCAGCUUACCUCAAAUCUGGCGAAUUUAAAAAUCUGGCAAAGUUAAAAAUGUGGAUCAGCUCAAGCUGGUGAGCUUUGUGCCUCGGAAUAAAUUUUUUUCAACGGUUCCGAUCCCCAAAUUCUGAUAAACAGAAAACAUAUUGACCGUACUGGAUUGAGUGAGCCCACCAGGAGUGAAAAAACGCGAGACAAAUACACUUUAGAAUUUGUUCGAUGCUGUAAACAAAAUCCUGAAUUUUAUAAGUAAAAUCAACUGGAAACAAAGCUUAUAUUUUCGGUACGCGAAAAAGAAAUUUUAGGGAAUUUUCAUAAUCCUAGAAAUCCUAGAUUAAAAGUAGCUGCUCUGUUUAAGUUCCACAAAUGGAAUUUCGUUUUAAGAAUCAAUAAAUCCCUUUAUUUAAACUGUUUA